ACAAUACAUACGAACUAAUUCUCUCUGCUAAUGUUAGGCUAUAAACGAACUACACCACGGUCACAUGACUUCAACAUCACCACCGCUACGCUUCCGACAACUCUUUCAAUCUUUAUUUAAAAACAACAACAACAACAACAACAAUACAAUCGGAAAAUACUACAACUUGAUAAAUCUACAAGGUGGAAAGUUGAGCUGCAAGAGCGUGAGUAUGAACACAACAAAACUGUAGUAGAAGUGUUUUCCUGUUCGGCGUGAUGACCUUUAAUGUCCCCGACAACCUCCGUAGUUCCAUUUAGCGACUUGUUAGCAACAAAUCUUUUUCAAGACACGUAAAAGCUUUUUUUUUUUAACCCCAGACCUUAUUUCAGGCAUUUAAUAAAAAAAAAACCAUUGACUUCGGGACGAUGGAUGUCCAGUACACAGGAAAAUGAAGUCGAGUUCACGAGAAAACAACCUUUUGUUAUGUCGAGAUCACGAGAAAACAACAGAAAAAAAAAAAUAAAAAAAUAAUAAUGCCUGGCCGCUUAGAGCUUCCGUAUUUGAAAGGCGUGGCUACGUACAUAGCGUAUACAUAGAGGCCAUAUCGGCCAAGGCACUUUUCCACUGUGACUCAUCCUUUCGGGUGAACUCCGACAUGCUCUCUGUACUGCUCAGAAGUUUCCAACCUUAUUAUAAAAAUGUCGUUUACCGUGGCUUACGUACAGCUGUAAACAAAUCCAGCGUGACCAGGUCUCCUAGUGUGAUGUCUCUUGGUGACGGGCCCUUGAAGGGCAUAACGAUUCAGCACCUCAGCAAGGGUAUCACAUUCUAUGUUAAUGAGAGUACGGUGAAACCUGUGGUCAAUGGUCAAGCCAAGCCGCUGCUUUUGAUGCUGCCAUGGCUUGGCUCGAGGCCUCAAGCUCAAGCCAAGUACUGCAAUAUCUACCUUAGAACAGGCUUUGAUGUGCUGGUGGUGGAGAGCAACGUGAGUAGUUUCCUGUGGCCUCGCUGGGGCCUGGAGCAAGGUGCACAAGUGCUGCAGCUGCUGGAGGGCGAGAGCUUCUCAAAGCGCCCCGUGGUGGUUCAUGCCUUCUCCAUCGGAGGAUACACAUUUGCUCAGCUGCUUGUUCACGUGGCCAAGGACACUCAGCGCUAUCAUGGCCUGAUCAACAGAGUUAGAGGGCAGAUCUACGAUAGUCUGGUUGUCGGCUCGCUGGAGCACAUGGCUAUAGGUGUGAGUAAGACCGUGUUCCCUCGUUUUGAGCGCCUGAUGAGAUGCACCAGCCUGCUUUACUUCCACGUGUUCAAACGGCAGACGGAGGACUACUUCAACAUGUGUAUUGACGUGUUCCGGAACACGCCUCUGACCUGUCCUGCGCUUUACUUCUUCUGCGGCAACGAUAUCCUGUGUGACCCGGAGGCCAUACAAAAGCUGCUGGAACACUGGAAGUUGCGGGGUAUUCCUAUGACGGUUAAGAAGUGGGAGGAGUCUGUCCAUGCCGGGCAUCUGCGCACCCAUCCUCAGGAGUACCUGUCAGUCCUAGAACAAUUCCUCUGUUCUCUCAACUUGGUAUCUCUAAAAGCUAAAAUGUGAAUUCCUUUUUCAAUAUUUCAUACCCCCCACCCCGCUUCAUGAAGCAGUGUUUCAAAAGCGGCCGUCAUCACACUCGCUCACUCACUCAUUCACUCGCACUCCUAGAGGCAAUUUACUCUAUCCAGUCCACCUACUGACGUGCUUUUUUGGAGGUAAGAGGAAACCGGAGAACUGGAGGAAACCCCCAGAGACAAUAACCCGAGCUCAGGAUCAAACCCCAGGUGCGACCCACAACCUGCAACACCACUGCUGUCCCAAAUCCAUAUUCCAAUAUGAUAAAAAAAAAACCCACCAAUGAUCUUAACGUGAAAUGAAAUGAACGCAAAAUCAAGCAAACUCCGCAAUAUUCGGAGGAGCUUGCAAUUUUUCAAAAACACAGCAGAUUUUCUGCAGAUCUGAGCCAGGACUUGUCAUGUGACGUCAUCAAUACGCAAAUUCAGUCAAAGUCCUUUUUGAGUCACGUGUGUCAAACAUGUACAGCUGAAAGGUUUAAUUUACCAACAAACAUCACUGCGAAGCAGUGUUGCGCAAUUGCAAUUUUGCCAAUUCCAAAAAAGCAUGUCAAUAACAGUGUGUUCCUCUCUUAUUUGUGUUGUGUUUAAAAAUUCAUUUAUAUGCCACUAAACCUAUACAAUAUUUUAUUAAUAAAUACUUUUAUUUGAUGGUUUUGGUUUCAAAUAAAAGCAGUCUAAUGUUUGCCAUAUUGCUGUU